AUGUGUUCAGGCGGGGGCCAGGACGCUGAGACAGCUCUUCUAAGUAUAGUGAUUAUCAACCUAUUACCCUGGACCAUCACCCUUUACCCUGGACCACCACCCUUUACCCUGGACCAUCACCCUUUACCAUGGACCACCACCCUUUACCCUGGACCGCCACCCUUUACCCUAGACCACCACACUUUACCCUGGACCACCACCCUUUACCCUGGACAACCACCUUUUACCCUGGACCACCACCCUUUGCCCUGGACCACCACCCUUUACCCUGGACCACCACCCUUUACCCUGGACCACCACCCUUUACCCUGGACCUCCACCCUUUACCACCACCCUUUACCCUGGACCACCACCCUUCACCCUGGACCACCACCCUUUACCCUGGACCCUUUACCCUGGACCACCACCCUUCACCCUGGACCACCACCCUUUAUCCUGGAUGACCACCCUUUACCCUGGACCUCCACCCUUUACCCUGGACCUCCACCCUUUACCCUGGACCUCCACUCUUUACCCUGGACCACCACCCUUUACCCUGGACCACCACCCUUUACCCUGGACCACCACCCUUUACCCUGGACCUCCACCCUUUACCACCACCCUUUACCCUGGACCACCACCCUUCACCCUGGACCACCACCCUUUACCCUGGACCCUUUACCCUGGACCACCACCCUUCACCCUGGACCACCACCCUUUACCCUGGACCCUUUACCCUGGACCACCACCCUUCACCCUGGACCACCACCCUUUAUCCUGGAUGACCACCCUUUACCCUGGACCUCCACCCUUUACCCUGGACCACCACCCUUUACCCUGGCCCCUUUACCUUGA